GACGUCACGCAGUUUUUUUUGCGCUGUUUUGGGAAACACCCGCGGGUGGAAGACGUAGCAGGUGAUAUUUUCAGAGCUGUCGCGUAAAGAAGUUCAGGUUGGGCAAGAACAAGUACAAGAACGUGGUGACGGAAACAGCAUAUAAAGUUUAGUUUGAAUUAAAGUACUCCGUAUGACCAUGACAGCAGAAAGCUUGGACAUGACAAAUGGUUCUAAUAAGCUUGGCUCUGUGACCCAGAAUGAAGCAGCACUGCUUGCCUUGAUGGAACAGACAGGCUAUACUAUGAUCCAAGAAAAUGGACAAAGGAAGUUUGGUGGACCACCACCAGGUUGGGAAGGUCCACCACCACCUCGUGGAUGUGAAGUCUUUGUAGGAAAAAUUCCACGAGACAUGUAUGAAGAUGAAUUGGUACCUGUAUUCCAACGAGCAGGGAAAAUUUAUGAGUUUAGACUGAUGAUGGAAUUCAGUGGUGAGAAUAGAGGUUAUGCUUUUGUAAUGUAUACUACAAGAGAAGAAGCCCAGAAUGCAAUCAAAAUGCUUAACAAUUAUGAAAUUCGACCUGGAAAAUUUAUUGGUGUUUGUGUUAGCUUGGAUAACUGCAGAUUGUUCAUUGGUGCUAUUCCAAAAGAGAAAAAAAAGGAAGAAAUCCUUGAAGAGAUGAAGAAGGUUACUGAAGGUGUCGUUGAUGUUAUUGUCUACCCCAGUGCCACUGACAAGACAAAGAAUCGUGGAUUUGCAUUUGUGGAAUAUGAAUCUCACAGAGCUGCUGCAAUGGCGAGAAGAAAACUAAUUCCAGGUACUUUCCAAUUGUGGGGUCAUACCAUUCAGGUGGAUUGGGCAGACCCAGAAAAAGAAGUGGAUGAGGAAACUAUGCAAAAGGUUAAGGUACUCUAUGUGCGAAAUCUGAUGAUAUCCACAACAGAAGAGACAAUCAAAAUGGAAUUUAACAAAAUUAAACCUGGAGCAGUUGAACGUGUAAAAAAGCUCAGAGACUAUGCAUUUGUGCACUUUUUUGACAGAGAUGAUGCAGUUACAGCUAUGAAUAUUAUGAAUGGCAAGUGUAUAGAUGGUGCUAGCAUUGAAGUCACCCUUGCAAAGCCAGUUAAUAAAGAUGGCUCUUGGAAGUACACUCAAGGUAGUCAAGUCAAUAUUAAUUGUGAAAAUCAACGACUAACAUUUACCAACAAAGAAGAUGGGAUAGCAAAAACUCCAGGAAGGUCACCAAGCUUACCGGCACGUCUGAAUGGUCACCACAGCUCAUGCUCACCUGAACUGGAAAGGUGCACAUAUCCUUUAUUCCCUGGAAUAAAGCUUACACCGUUGAGUAUUUAUUCAUUGAAGCCUAGUCAUUUUCAGUCCUCAGUUACACACUUGGAAUAUUACUGCAACAAAAAUAAUUGGGCACCACCAGAGUACUACCUAUACUCAACUACAAGUCAGGAUGGGAAACAACUGCUUGUUUAUAAAGUGGUUAUUCCAUCCCUUGCGAACAGUUCACAAGGUACACUGAGCCAUUUCAUGCCUGAUAAGCUCUGCACAAUGCUGGAAGAUGCUAAGGAACUAGCUGCACAAUAUGCACUAACACAUUUAGGGACAUUCCAGAGAUCUCUGCCUAAACUGUUAAGCCAAUAUAUGUCACAAGAAACACCCUAUUCUGAUUUGACUACAGUUUGCGUCGGACCAACUCCGUUAAUAGUCUCUCUCAAGUUGGUGCACCUCUUCCAACUUCUGCUUCCAGUUUGCUACAAUACACAUCUAGACCUUACUCCUAUCCUAGCUACCCAUUGUCAACAACGCUAUCUCUCGGUAACAACAGUCAUAUUGGACAACGAUUAUAUGUUUCUAGUCAUGGGUCUUUCUUCUAAAAAAAAAGUACUGUGAGUGGAAUACACAAAUAUUGUAAGGGUUCUUGGAAUGCAAGUUAGCCUUCUAAAAAUAUUUUUCGUUCUGUGUUAUGUUAUGCAAUUUAUUGAGGCACAAUUGUACAGUUCUUUUCCAUGUAUAAAAGCUUAAUCAGAUUGUUUUAUGUUCUUGUUAAAGAUUUCAGAAUACUGUUAAUGAAUUUUACAAGUUUUUCAUCACCUUGAUGGUCUAUUCGUCUGUUGGCCUUCAGUUAUUUUGCUCUUUAAUACAUACAGCAUUAUUAUUACAUUAAAUUAAGACCUCUUAAUAGGAUUGCGGCUGCACUAAUGUACAGGAACAAUGCUGUAUUUUCUUGUUGCAGUGUUCACUGUCACACUGGGGUCAAUUUUUACAUACCCCAUCCAUCUCAGGAAAUUGAUAAGAUUUGAAUGCAACAUUACUUUCACACACCGAACAAUUUGUAGUCAAUGGAGAGUAGUGUUAGUUGGAUAUAAAGCUGGUGUUAAGCCCAAUACCAUGGUUUCACUGAGUGAGUUAAGGUAAAAUUAC